UCCUUCGCGAAAUUUGGCGCGUUGCUUUGGCCUUGCAUAGCCUAGCACAGCAGUGACUAGCGCAAGCUAUCUUAAGCCGAACCGAAAGCAGAAAAAUACUGAAUCGCCAUGGCUGCUCAGUCCUAUGAUCCCAAUGUUCUUCCUGAUCUGUUGCCACUCUACUACAAACGACUGUUUCCGUACGGCCCGUAUUAUCGAUGGCUCAACUAUGGCGGAGUCCCAAAGAAUUAUUUCACCCACCGAGAGUUUUCCUUUACCCUGAAAGAUGAUGUGUAUGUCAGGUAUCAGUCAUUUGCUGAUCAACAGGACUUGGAGAAAGAGUUGCAAAAGAAAUGCCCUCACAAAAUUGACAUUGGUGCAGUUUAUAGUCACAGGCCCAAAGAUCACAAGACGGUCAAGUCAACAGCGUUCCAAGCUCAGGAGAAGGAGCUGGUGUUUGAUAUUGACAUGACUGACUAUGAUGAUGUGCGCUCCUGCUGUUCAGGCGCAGACAUUUGUUCUAACUGCUGGCCCUUGAUGGUGAUAGCCGUGAAAAUCCUGGACAGAGCUCUCAGAGAUGACUUUGGAUUUGAGCAUCUUUUGUGGGUCUACUCGGGCCGAAGAGGAAUUCAUUGUUGGGUGUGCGACGAAAACGCAAGAAAGUUAUCGGCUCAGGGGCGUUCGGCCAUCGCUGAGUACUUGACCUUGGUCAAGGGAGGAGAUAGCCAAGUGAGGAAAGUGAACCUUCCCGACAGACUCCACCCUUCUGUCAGACAUGCUGUGAAUGUCAUCAACAGUCACUUUGUGGACUACGCCUUCAAGAAACAAGAUCUGCUCGACUGCGAGGAGAAGUGGAAGGGUGUGCUGGCCGUCGUUCCGUCAGAAGUUGUUCGCGACUGUUUGUCUCGGGAUUUUGUCAAACACGGGAAAGACACAGCCUCCCGCUGGACCAUUCUGAAGAGACGACUGACGGAAGGGAAACAGGAAAGUAUGCUGAAGCCGUAUGUUGAGGAGGAAAUCAAACUCCAGUUUUGCUACCCGCGCCUGGAUGUCAAUGUCAGUAAAGGCGUGAACCACUUGCUCAAGAGCCCCUUCUGUAUACAUCCCAAGACUGGUCGAGUGUGUGUCCCGAUGGAUCCAAAGACUAUUGAUGACUUUGACCCCAUGGAUGUACCCACCAUAAGCGGACUCCUGGAUGAGCUGGACCACGUGGAGGUCGGCACGAAAGACGAGCAGGGCAAGCGAGUUCGGGACUACAAGAAGACAAGCCUUGGGCCGUACUUGGAGACAUUUGAAAGUUUUCUCAAAGAUCUAGAAGGUUCCAGGAAAGGAAAAUUGAUCGAGCAAAGUGAUAUAAAAAUGGAGUUCUGAGGAUCCUGUGGUGACAUUGUGAGAACGUCGCUGUCUUUGAGACGGCUUCAGCAGUUGAUGGAUGUCCUGUGCCUUUAUAUGGUCGCUUUUAAGGACAAGCGGGCUAACUCAGAUUUCGGGGGUUUCCAGAAAUCUUGACCUACUACAA